CCUCGCUCCUUCCAACGGCUUUUUUGAUGUUCUCCAUCCAGGAGGGUCUCCCCAGAGGAGGGCUGACCAUGAAGGAAGAGCCCCUCAGCGGCGGCGGUCUGUCGGCCGUCCGGUCGUGGAUGCAGAACACCGGGAUCUUGGAUGCCAACACCGCGGCGCAGAGCGGAAUUGGACUGGCUCGGGCCCAUUUCGAGAAACAGCCGCCUUCCAACUUGCGGAAGUCCAACUUCUUCCACUUCGUCUUGGCCAUGUAUGACCGGCACGGGCAGCCGGUGGAGAUCGAGAGGACGUCCUUCAUUGACUUCGUGGAAAAGGACAGAGAGCAGAACGGAGAGAAGACCAACAAUGGGAUCCAUUACAGGCUGCAGCUGCUGUACAGUAACGGGCUUCGGACAGAGCAGGACCUCUACGUUCGGCUGAUCGACUCCAUGUCCAAGCAGGCCAUCAUCUAUGAAGGGCAGGACAAGAACCCAGAGAUGUGCCGUGUGCUUCUGACGCACGAGAUCAUGUGCAGCCGUUGCUGUGACAAGAAAAGCUGUGGCAAUCGUAACGAGACGCCUUCUGACCCCGUCAUCAUCGACAGAUUUUUCCUCAAGUUCUUCCUCAAAUGCAACCAGAAUUGCCUAAAGAAUGCCGGGAACCCCAGAGACAUGCGACGUUUCCAGGUUGUGGUGUCGACGACAGUCAACGUGGAUGGGCACGUCCUCGCGGUUUCAGACAACAUGUUUGUACACAACAAUUCCAAGCAUGGCCGUCGGGCCCGGAGGUUGGACCCUUCAGAAGCUGCCACCCCCUGCAUCAAAGCCAUCAGCCCCAGUGAAGGAUGGACCACGGGAGGCGCCACCGUCAUCGUGAUCGGGGACAACUUCUUCGACGGGCUUCAGGUCGUCUUCGGGACCAUGCUGGUGUGGAGCGAGGUCAGCACCCCUGCUAAUGUGAGCGAAAUUGUCACGAUGGAGCAAAGGGUGAGAGAAGCGGUCCACGGACAAGAGGGUUCCAAGGCCGUGAAGGGUUUUGUGCAUGAGAGCCAAGCUGAGCUGGGGGCUCCUCCAGCAUGGCUCACCAGAUGCCGCCACCCGCCGCAGCCCAUGCCGAACCUCUCCAUCCCCUGCUACAAGAUGCCGAAGCCGGCUUCCGAGGAGGGGCUGCUGCAGAGCUUCCUGGGAGGCAUCCGGAUGGUGCUCAGUAUCUUCCUCUUCCUGGGGGUCUGCGCCUUCUCGGCCUAUAUCGGGCUGCUGUGCGUGGCCCUCCUGAUCGGUGCCGUCCAGGUCUUCUUCACCUCCCUCGUCCCCUCGGCCCUCCUCAUCCUCCAGUUCCUGCUCUCCGCUUUGCUCCUCCUCUUCUGCUUGCAGUGGAUGAGCGAACUCCUGUCCCAGCAAUUCCAGGCCCACUAG